UUCAUGACCUUGACUCUGUUUCCUAUCCGACUCUUUUUUGCUGCUUUUAUGAUGUUGCUGGCCUGGCCUUUUGCAUUCAUUGCUUCAAUGGGAUCUGACGAGCAACAACUUGAAAAGCCCCUCUCCUGGUGGCGAAAGAUAGUGGAUAUUUUGCUGAAAGCAAUUAUGAGGAUGAUGUGGCUUGCUGGUGGAUUUCACUGGAUAAAUGUAAAAGGCAGACGGGCAUUGCCGGAGGAAGCAGCAAUAUUAACUGUGGCUCCCCAUUCUUCCUACUUUGAUGCCAUUCCAGUGACUAUGACCUUCGCCUCCAUUGUGAUGAAAGCAGAAAGCAAAGAUAUUCCUCUUUGGGGAACUCUAAUCAAAUACAUCCGGCCAGUGUUUGUAUCUCGGUCAGACCAGGAUUCUCGCAGGAAAACUGUUGAAGAGAUAAAGCGGCGUGCUCAGUCUGAUGGUAAAUGGCCACAGAUAAUGAUAUUCCCAGAGGGCACUUGCACAAACCGAUCCUGUCUAAUUACAUUCAAGCCUGGAGCAUUUAUUCCUGGAGUUCCUGUACAGCCAGUGGUUUUACGUUAUCCAAACAAACUGGAUACAAUCACCUGGACAUGGCGAGGGCCAGGAGCGUUAGAAAUUCUGUGGCUUACUUUGUGUCAGCUUCACAAUUCGGUGGAAAUAGAGUUUCUACCCGUGUAUAUUCCUUCAGAAGAAGAAAGAAAAAAUCCAGUGUUAUAUGCCAAUAACGUCAGACAUGUAAUGGCAGAGGCGUUGGGAGUUCCAGUGACAGAUUAUACAUUUGAAGACUGUCAGCUAGCUUUGGCUGAAGGACAACUUCGUCUGCCUUCAGACACGUGUCUUUUAGAAUUUGCAAAGCUUGUGAGAAGCCUUGGGCUGAAGCCAGAAACGCUUGAAGAUGAUCUUGAUAAAUAUGCUGCAAGUGCCAUGAAAAUGAAAAAAGAAAAGAUUGAUCUUAACGAAUUUUCAGCAUACUUGGAAUUUCCAGUUUCUCAGACAUUAGAAAGUAUGUUUGCACUUUUUGAUGAGAAUGAAGAUGGCAUAAUUGACAUUCGGGAAUUUGUCAUUGCUCUGUCAGUUGUCUGUAAGCCAUCCAGAACUCUGGAAACAAUUCAGUUGGCAUUUCAGCUGUACCAGUCAGAAAAUGGAACUAUAAUAGAAGAGGAUUUAGCUCAUAUUCUGAAGACUGCCAUGGGUGUGUCACAGAUUGAUGUUACGCACCUUUUUAGAGCUGUAGAUAAAGAAGAAAAAGGAGAGAUUACAUAUGAUGACUUCUACAGAUUUGCUGAAUUGCACCCACACUUUGCAGAAGACUAUCUCUAUACUGAUCAGAUGGGAGCUGAGAGUGGCUUGCAGACUGCAUCUCUUUCUGCUCCUAAUGGUAUCUGUACUGACUUCAGCCCUGAAAACGCUGAAGAUAAAAACAGCCUUCUGCAGAAGAAACUGAAAUAACACUACAACUGUUACCUUCCUCUCCUGGUGAGAGGAUUGUCUUUUCUUGGGAUUUUCAUAAGUCACUCCAACAAUACAGCAAAUACCAGUUUUGUGUGUGAAAGUUCUUCUACCUUAAUACCAUUCUUCGAAUCAUAUGUACUAUAUUUAACAACGUGUUUCAGGUUACUUUGGGGAAGGUGGGUUUAUUUUUUUCAAAAAAAGUCUUUGAAAGGCAAAAAUGUGAAUGUGCUUCAUUAUUAAUGUUCAUAUUUAAAAGGAAGCGGCACACUUAUUUAUAUUGGCUAGUUUCAUGUACAAAGUGUCGCACAAACUGUGCAUGUAUAAAGAAACUGUAGCUACUAUGGUGAUAAGUGCACUUUGGUGACUAGUGUUUUCCCUCGUUAUGGGGAUGUUUAUUUGGGGCCAAACUUUGCUGUCCAUAUUUGCAUAGUCAGUCUUGUUGAUUUCAGUGGGAUUAUUCUCUUGAGCAAGGCAAGCACAUUUUGGCCCUUUGUUUUGGUUUCAGUGAACAGUUUGGAAAAGUAAUGCAAGAACUUGCUAAGGAUUACUUUUUAUUGUUGAAGGACAAAAUUAUUUCUCUUUCAGUCUAUUCCAUGGUAGAAUGAAAAGGAAAGGCUCCUUAUCCCUCACCCCGGCACUUUUCUACUGUAAUCUUCUGGAUGCAAUUAAACAUGAAUUUUUUCUAAACUGA